AAGAGGGGGUAGAUUAUGCAGAAAUCUUUGCUCCUGUUGUUAAAUUCACCACUAUCCGUAUGAUGCUUGCUUUAGUUGCUCACCAUGACUGGGAAAUGAAACAGAUGGAUGUAACUACUGCAUUUUUGCAUGGUGAAUUGGAUAAAACAAUUUAUAUGACCCAGCCUGAGGGCUUUGUGGAUCCCAAGAGAAGUGAACAUGUCUGUUUGCUUAGGAAGGCAUUGUAUGGCCUGAAGCAAUCCCCUAGGCAGUGGAACAUCAAAUUUGAUAAAUGCAUGAUAUCUUUGAAGUUCCAAAAAUCUGUUUGUGAUCAUUGCCUGUAUUUCAAAAAUACUUCUUCUGUGCCUGUAUUUUUGUUACUCUAUGUGGAUGACAUGCUGAUAAUUAGUCCUUCUCUGAAUGCGAUUAAAGAUGUGCAGAAAUGUCUUUGUGCGAAUUUUGCCAUGAAAGACCUAGGUGAUGCCAAGAGGAUCCUAGGCAUAAACAUUGUUAGGGAUAGGAGCAAGCGUACUCUUACUUUGAAUCAGAUUUCUUACAUAGAAAAAGUUUUGAGUAAAUUCAAUAUGUUAUCUGCUUCUCCUGUUAAUGUCCCUAUGGCAUCUCACUUUGUGUUAAGUAAGGACCAGUCUCCCAAGACUGCUCCUGAAAUUGAGAAAAUGAAAUCUGUGCCUUAUUCCAGCGCAAUAGGGUCGGUGAUGUAUCUUAUGGUUAGCACUAGACCUGAUAUUGCAUAUGCGGUUAGUUGCUUGAGUAGAUAUAUGUCCAACCCUGGUUUGCCUCAUUGGAAUGCUCUUAAGUGGUUGCUUAGAUAUCUGAUUUCUACUGUGAAGCAUGGAUUAAUUUUCUCUAAGUGUGCUAGUGGUAUUGAAUUGAUUGGUUAUGUUGAUUCUAACUAUGCAAAUGAUAGAGAUAACAGGAAGUCGACCACUUCUUAUGUUUUUACUUUGUGUGGCUCUUGCAUUAGUUGGAAGUCUCAACUACAGCCUAUUGUGGCCCUUUCUACCACUGAGUCCGAGUAUGUUGCAGCCACAGAAGCGUUUAAGGAAGCCAUCUGGCUCAAACGCCUUGUCUCCGAAAUUGGGUUUCUCAAAAAGGGAGUUACCAUUUUCUCGGAUAGCCAAUCGGCUAUCCAACUUUGCAAAAAUCCUGUAUUUCAUGAUAGAACUAAGCAUAUUGAUGUUAGGUUCCAUUUCAUACGUGAUAUUGUUGAUGCAGGUGGAGUCAAGCUGUGCAAGAUCCCGUCGGAGUUUAACCCCGCGGAUAUGGGUACCAAGUGUCUUUCUGCUGAGAAGCACUUGUCCUGUAAACGCGUGUUAAACUUUGACUGUGGAUAACUGUGGGUUGCCUAAUAAAGUGUUUGCCCGUUGUGUCUGUUGAUAUUCCGGGUGACCCGGCGAUGAUGAGUCUUGUCACAACCUUGUAUUGUUACUCUACACCACCUAGGACCAAUAAGGUGGAGAAUGUUGGAGGUAUUGGUCCUACCAAGGCCUCCCUUCCACUUUAUUUGUUGAGGCUUGCACCCUAUUGUUUUACUCCCACUUUGGUACCUUUACCUUGGUAUUUUAUCUGAUCAAUAACAUACCUAUUUGAGGGUUGACUUACCCACUUGGCUGGCCCCUCUGUGUUCUGUCCGCUGCAUACUCCAUUUGUCUUGGUCUUGCUUGUGACUUUCCUUUGUCUAAGAUGCAUGUGAGUGUCUUUUGUAUUGACCUCACCCGUGACUUCCUUGGCAGCCUAUUAAUAGUCUUUGCUUCUUCCUUGUGAGCCUCAGCCUGCGAGAAACACUUCUAUUGAGAGCAGUGCUCUCCUUCUCUUUCCCUUUGUGUGAGAACUGAGAGGGACUUAGUGGUUGAGCUAAAAACCUUAGUGUGUGCUAUAGCCUCCUCCUAAGUGUGGUGUGUGAGAGUGUGUGUUGAAAGACCUGAGCCGGAGACGGAAGAAACGAUCCUUACAUAUUUGUUUUGGUGUAAAGGAAAAUCACACGAAAUGAAGCAUAAUAGUUCAUAUCCUUGGAUGUCAAGGGCAAGUUAUAUAUUAGCUUCAGUCCAUCGAUAAUCCAUUGAAUAUCUUAUCCAUCAGCCAUGAAGGAAACAUAUUAGGUGAGACUUGACCUAAACAUGAUGAAAGUGAAUCAUCAAAACAGCUGCUAUAAUCUUUUCUUGCGACAGCACGAGGCCGAAACUCAAUGCCUUGAACGAUAAUAAAUUCAUAAUCCCAAUCAACAGCAACAGACACUCGCAGAUCCUCAUCGUUGCCAUUUGCUCCAUUAUUGAAGAAGGAUUUGAUUUCUAUCUCCUCCCACCCAUCUUUUCCAACCCUCUUGUUAUCUCCAAUUAUAGGGAAAUCCUCAAGGGCAUCAAUGGAUGAAUCACUAUGUUGGUUAGUCAUGGACCAGUUGCCGACUCAU